AUGGCUACUAGAGCAGCUAAAAUUCUGAAAUUAUUGUCUAGUGAACAAAAAAACUCAUUGGAGCUUCCACUUCCAAAAUAUAAAUCGAAAAGGGAUUGUACAAAAGAAAAGCGAUUAAUGGCAUACAAAGACGAACCACUUGUUGGAGGUAAAGAAAUAGUAGCCCCUGAAUCUACAAAUCAAAUAUUUGAGCAAAGUUUGCAAAAUACGGAGCAGGAAUGUUAUGUAAAUGAGCCUACCUGUAUCGAAGAAAAAAAACAGAAUAACUGCAAAUCAGAUGAUUAUCAAACGGAAGAGAAAUUAUUUGAAUCUUCCGGUAGCGAAUAUAUUCCAGACACGACUGAUCAUGAUGAAACCGAUGAAAAUAGUAAUAUUUCGCUUUUAAGUCAAAUAGUUAUGGCGAUACCAGAGGAAAAUGAAUCUUCCUUCACCUGCAACAGAGGAAUAGAAAAUCGAAAUAUUUCAAAUAUAGGAAAUGAAGCAAAUUCUUCCAGGGGCAAUAAACAAAUUAAUAAUGACGAAUCCUUGCCCAGUAAUAUAUCAACGCUACUGCUCGAUUUAUCCAGUGAAGAAAAGGUAUUUUGUUAUCUUCAAAAUUGUAAAGAAACUCAAGAUUUGGACCCAUAUGAAUUCAGCGUAGAAGGACCUGUGGAUAAAUCAUAUAAUAAUAUUAUUGAAAAAAGCCUUUGCUACCUCCCCUAUCUAGAUAUCGUGGAUCCUGCAACUAUUAGAAAUAAAAAAGAAAAAAUUAUUAGUUUGACUAAAGAUAAUGAGAAGGACCAACUAGAAUCUGCACAUGACAGCCAGUUAAUUUCUCCAAAUGCUGAAACAAUGGACUUAACAAACCAAACAAUGGACUUAACAAACCAAACAAUGGACUUAACAAACCAAACAAUGGACUUAACAAACCAAACAAUGGACUUACCAAACCAAACAAUGGACUUACCAAACCAAACAAUGGACUUACCAAACCAAGUGCAGAUUACAAAUAAUUCUGAAUCGAUUGAGAAUAAAGCAACAUCUAUAUGUAUAACAGAACAUGCCACCCGGUUCAACGUACAAGUAACAGACCCACAAAUAUUUACAGCAGCAAUUACCAGUAACAAUAGUGCUGUCGAUAUUUGUGCGUUAGAACGCGAAAAUCCAGAGGCAAAUUCGUGCUUCUCCGAUGAUGCAUCGGAUUUAUCAUGCAAUGAAAAUUCCGACGAAAGCUAUAAACCAUCCUCAUAUCAGUCUAAUUCUUCUAUUGAUGGGGAUGGGAAAGAUUCCAAUAACAUGUACUCUGAUGAGGACCAAGAAAAGCUUAUAUCAACAAUUCAUUUUCCAACUACUUCUACUUCAUUGGAAAACACUGAAGCGAACACUGACAAAGACCUUUGCCCAUUUUGCUUUGAAGAAGUUGGACAUUUUUCACGUCAUUUGAAAAGAAAACAUUCCGAGGAAGAUGCAGUUAAAAAGAUCUUAGAAAUGAAAUACAAUAGUAACGAAAGAAGAGCCGCCAUAAUAGCUUUGCGAAAAAAGGGCAAUUUCAUAUUAAAAACAGAAAAAAACUUCCUGAAACCCGUGAGAAAAGUUAAAAACCGCAACCAAAUCGAUGGAGACUAUUAUCCAUGUACCGGAUGUUUGGGAUACUACAAAAAAACAUACUUGUGGAGGCAUAAAAAAAUCUGCACAGCGACAACUUCUCAUAAUAAAGAUGGUCCAAAAGUCCAACAUCUUACUGAAGCCCAAACAUUUCUAGCAGCAACUGGUUUACUUGGCAAUUAUUUGGAAAAAAGCCGGCUAAAGGCAGAAGUCUUUCCAAUAAUGCGAGCCGAUGAGAUAAGUUAUACUGCCAAAAAAGAUGCAUUAAUAUGUCUUUACGGUGAAUCUUAUUUGAACAAGCACAAAAGAAAGCAAAUGACCGUUGUUACCUCAAACAGAUUACGAGAAAUAGCCCGACUUAAAUUAGCAUUACAAAAAUUUACCACUAUUGAGAAUUGCAUUGACUUUUUAAAACCAGAAAUGUACGAUAAUAUCAUAACUGCAUCCAAACUUAUUAGUGGCUUUAACAGCGAAACAAAAACAUUUAAAGCAUCAUCGUUAGCUCUACAUCUGGGAACAAAUUUGAAGUUUCUUUGUGACGUUGCCAAAAAGGCUUUAAUAACAAGAAAUCCUUUAUUUCCUCGACUAACUGAUACUGAAAAAUAUGAAAAAUUGAAAGACAUAUCUGAAGUUCGAGACCUAAUAAAGAAUCACUGGUGCAACGAUAUAUCAAGUUUAGCAAAUAAAGUGCUAAAUGAGGUCCAGUUAGAAAAACCCAAGUUAUUACCACUAACGGAAGAUAUCAAAUGUUUUAAUAAUUAUAUUUCCACAAAAGCAAUUGAGGCCUAUGAGAAGUUGCAAGAAAAAGAAAAUGUAACCAAUAAUUAUAAAUUGCUUGCUGAGUGUACUCUUUGCCUUGUGUUAGUGUUCAACAGAAAAAGGAUUGGCGAAAUCCAAUUUUUAGAUAUUCAGUCUUACGAAAAAGAUUAUUCUUGUUCAAAUUCCGAAGAAUUUUUGAACGCUCUUACGGAGUUCGAGAAAAAUAUGAGUUCAUGUUUUAAAAGGGUCGUUGUAUUUGGAAAGGGAAGUAAACCAGUUCCAAUAUUAUUUACAAAACAGAUGCAAACAUAUAUCGGCGCACUCCUUAAAAUUCGAAAAGACUAUGACAUUGUUCCCAAGACAAACAAGUACGUAUUUGCAAAUCCUGGUUCAGCAGAUAGAUGGAUGCCUGGAUCGUACUUAAUUCGAAAAUUUGCAUAUAAAUGUGGUGCUAAUAAGCCACAGCUACUAACAUCAACUAAAUUCAGAAAACAAAUUGCUACAAUUCUUCAGCUAAUGAAUUUUGAGAAUGAUGAAAUGGAACAGAUUGCUCGAUUUAUGGGACAUACUGAAAAAACACACAGAGAAUUUUACAGGCUAACUGAAGACAUAUACCAAACUGCGAAAGUUGCCAAAGUACUUAUAUUAUUAAACGCAGGUAAAGGAAACGAAUUCAAAGGAAAAUCUUUAACCGAAAUAGAAGUCAAUCAAGAUGUUUUAGAAUAUGACGACACAGAUGACUUAUGUGAUAAACUUGACAAUAUUGAAAGCAACCAGCCUGUUGCAACUUUACCUUUAACACGCGCAGAUAGUCCCAGUGAGACUACUGAUUCAAUGUCGGAAAAUAAAGCGGAGGUUCCAAAAACAACAUCCAAAAAAUCGCCUGGAGCGAAUGUCUCCAAACUUCGGGGUGGACGUGUACGUUGGACACAACAAGAUAAAAAUCGCGCAGACAGUCCCAGUGAGACUACUGAUUUAAUGCUAAAAAAUACAACGGAGGUGCCAAAAACAAGAGUCAAAAAAUUGCCUGAAGCGAAUUUCUCCAAACUUCGGGGUGGGCGUGUACGUUGGACUCAAGCGGACAAAAAUCUGGUACUAAAUUAUUUUAAAAAAAAUAUAAAAGGCAAGUUUGUGCCAAGAAAACAAGAUUGCUUAGAUUUUAUCCGAAAAAAUAGUUCAUCAUUCAAAGAUAGUGAUUGGGUGCGAAUCAAAACGUUGGUAUAUAACUCUUAUAGGAUCUAA